AUGGGAAGACCACCAUGUUGCGACAAGAUUGGAGUGAAGAAAGGGCCAUGGACACCAGAGGAAGACAUCAUCUUGGUUUCUUACAUUCAAGAACAUGGUCCUGGAAACUGGAGAUCUGUGCCUACUCACACAGGUCUGAGGAGGUGUAGCAAAAGCUGUAGAUUGAGGUGGACUAAUUAUCUUCGACCAGGGAUUAAGCGUGGAAAUUUUACCCAACAUGAAGAGAAGAUGAUUCUCCAUCUUCAAGCUCUUUUGGGCAACAGGUGGGCAGCAAUUGCAUCAUACCUUCCAGAAAGGACAGACAAUGAUAUAAAGAACUAUUGGAACACUCAUUUGAAGAAAAAGCUCAAGAAGAUGAAUGAUUCUUGUGAUAGUACUAUCAAUAAUGGAGUUGAUAAUAAAGACUUGUCCUCAUCAAACAAAAACACUACUUCACAUCAAAGCGGCAGCUCCAACAAAGGUCAAUGGGAGAGAAGGCUUCAGACAGAUAUCAACUUGGCUAAACAAGCUCUUUGUGAUGCCUUGUCUCUAGACCAACCCCAAAACCCUAUUAGUUUCUCUCUAGCCGAUCUUGGUUACGGUACAUCAUCCUCUUCUUCCUCUACCACCACAAGCAACACUAGUCCAUACCCAUCUGGUGUCUACGCUUCAAGCGCUGAGAACAUCGCUCGUUUGCUUCAGAACUUCAUGAAAGACACACCAAAGACCUUGUUGCCCUCGCCGGUUGCAGCCACCGAUGUUGCUAUCACCACGGAGGCUUCGAGCCCUAGCACGAUCGAAGGAGGCGGAGAAGGGUAUGAUCAGUCUAUAUUCAGCUUCAACUCCAUGGAUGAAGCUGAAGACAAGCCUAAGCUAGUUGACCAUGACAUUAAUGGUCUAAUUACACAAGGGUCUCUUUCUUUGUUCGAGAAAUGGCUCUUUGAUGAGCAAAGCCACGACACGAUCAUUAAUAACAACAUGUCAUUAGAGGGCCAAGAAGUGUUAUUCUAG